AUGGCAGAACCAAAUGAUUUAUUUGGUGACUACCGACUUGUGGUUGAUGGCUUUCUGCGAGAAGACCAAUGCCAGGAAUUAGUUGACUUUGCAGCGCUUCAAGAAGAUAAGAAUGGAUUUCGGACUAUUUCAAUAUUAGAAGCAAUAAAGAAAAUAAAUGAAUCCCAUGAUCAGGAAAUCACACUUCGCCUCUUUCUUCGAUCAAGCAGUAUAGCCAAACACUUCAUGCAGCGAUAUCUCAAUCAUAAUCUCUACCAUCACACAACACGUAUUAUUUGCAAAGAUAAAUGGGAUGGUAAUUGUUUUAUGACUGAGACUGGUAAAUGUAGCAAUGAAUCUCUUCCACAGGGAACUUUCCAUGCUAUUACAUAUCUCACAGACAUUGAAAAAGAUGCAGGUUCCUUCUUUCCGAAACCCGAUGAGAUCAUUAUUCGUCCAAAAUGUGGUCGAAUGGUAACAUACAAAUCCAGUGAUCCUGUUGGGGUGAAACCCUUUUCUGAUCCUGAUAUUCAAAGAUGUGUUCUUCUCAAUGUGUUUGACAAUACCCCAAGUCAGGAUGAAAUAAACCACAUCGAUGCUUCUCUUCUCCUAAAGAAAAUAGACCAGCAGAGAGUAAAGGUCAAUUCAAAUGACCGGAAAAAGGUGCUGAAAACACUGAAGGAACAGGGAGUUGAGGUAACUAUGACCAGCAAAGAUCUUCGUGGAAAAGAGAGAUUUGUGGCUGAUGGUCUUGCAUCAGAUGAAGAAUGUGAAGCCCUGAUUGAACUGGCCAAUGUUGGAUCUGUGCGUGGAGAUGGGUACAAGCACCAGCAAGGCACCGUAUCUCUCAUUUCUCCACACACAAAGCAUGAAAUGUUUCAAGGUCUCACUGUCGCUCGUGCAGCCAAGCUAGCAAAGGAAAAAGUUAUCGGACCAGACUCUGUUGAUCUUUAUCUUAAACUGGCAGAAAAAGGUCGUUUGAUGGUGGAGAAGUACCUGAAUCUAACGAGACCUCUCUAUUUUGAUUUCACUCACCUUGUUUGCCGAACUGCAGUUGAUGAUGAAGCAGUAGAUCGUAAAGAUCUCUCCCAUCCAAUCCAUGCAGACAACUGUCUGCUACAGCCAGAUGGAACCUGUUUGAAAGAGGUGCCAGCCUAUAUUCAGAGAGAUUACAGUGGAAUCAUUUACCUGAAUCAGGAAUUUGAUGGUGGUGAAUUCAUCUUUGCAUAUCCAAACAAGUCAGAACAAACUUCAGUGAAGCCCAAAUGCGGACGCUUGGUUGGAUUUAAUGCAGCUGACUUGCAUGGAGUAAAAGCAGUUUUGAAAGGCCAAAGAUGCUGCCUUGCAAUGUGGUAUACGCAAGACCCUAAUUUUAAAGAACUCGCUCAUAAUCAAGCACAAAAAGUAUUGAAGGUAGUGCAUGCUGAAGUGGAAGCUGAAGAAAAUGAUGAAAAAGAUAAUGAAUCACAAACCUCAAAAGAGGAAGGACGGACAGAAACCAGUUCCAAAGAUACAAAAUCUGAGGACAUUUUAGGCCACAGUGAUGAAUUAUAA